AUGGCUAGCUAUAGAUACCAUCUCAUCCAGGUUAUUGGUGAAGGUAGUUUUGGGGUGGUUUAUAAGGCGAUCGACAACCACACCGGUCAAUUUGUGGCGAUCAAACAGUUGAAGCAAAAAUCUGAUCCGAAGGCAAAUCAAAUGGAUUCAAUGGAAGUACGUGCUCUCUCAAUCUUGCAGCACCCCAACAUUGUGAGACUCCAGGGAGGUUGGCAUCAAGGCAAGACCGACUUCUUGGUUUUUGAGUACAUGCAGGGCAGUCUUGGUGAUCUCAUUCACCAAAGGCUGAGCAUGGGAGUCCCUUUCUCGGAAGCCGAGAUCCGAUCACUAAUGAUUCAAGUCUUGGGAGGGCUGGAAUUCAUGCACCACAAACACGGGUUCAUGCACCGGGAUUUGAAGCCGGCGAAUCUUUUGAUGAACAAGGGAGUCAUCAAGAUUUCUGAUCUCGGUACAGCUACUGAGAUAGGCUCGCUCCAGGCAUUCCAUCAUUAUGUAACCACAAGAAGCUACAGAGCGCCAGAGAUGCUACUUGGGGUCUUCAAGAAAACCCAGAAGGGUCAACCCUUUGUGUAUGACGAGAAAGUAGACAUGUGGGCUGUGGGCGCGAUUAUGGCUGAACUGUAUCUCAUGCGGCCUCUCUUUAGAGGUCACACUUCACCUCAUCAGUUGCACGAAAUAUGCAAAGUAAUAGGGGCUCCAACUUGGGGUUCAUGGAUGGCUGGGAUGCUUGCGACAAAAUGUAUGAUCAUGCCUAAUAAAGUACUUGAGCCGCAGUAUGGUCGUGGUUUCCGAGCAUUGAUGCCAUAUGCUAGUCAAUCGGCUAUCAAUCUCAUAGAGUCUCUCUGCUCUUGGAACCCUGCAAGGAGGCCCAGUGCUGCACAAGCGCUUCAGCAUCCAUUCUUCAAGAGAGUCCAGAAGCUUGAGGCUCCGCCUGGUUUUUCAAAUUGCACUCAUAGAAGGAACAGCGUGGUUCCGAAGCUUGAGGCUCCGCCUGGCUUUCCAAAUUGUACUCAUAGAAGGAACACCGCGGUUCCGAAGAUGACGUACUUAUCAACUAUGCAGCAUCCAGUACUAGGAUUGUAA